AUGGCAGACACAGAGCAAGCAAAGGCUGCUGUGAAUACAGAUGAAUCAACCACUCAGACUUCAUCUCCCCAGCCAACCACUCUUACUGCCAAUGACGAUGCGUCGUCCACUGCAACAACUUCGUCACUGCCGCCACUGUCACCAACCGAGUUCAAAAUCUACAACCGCUUAGCUGAACAAAUGAAGUACUUUCACGACCACUUUGUAGGAAUGUGGACAAUCCUCUACACAGCCUGCGUCAACUCCCGCCGCCCCCAAAACAUGUCCCUCAAGCAGUUCCUCGACGAGGGCCUCCGGCUGGUCCGCUACCUCGAGUCUCACCACUCCAUCGAGGAGACCCACCUCUACCCCAUUCUGGCCAAGAAGAUGCCCCAGUUCAAGGCCGGCAAGAGCAACAAGCUGCUGAGGCAGCACGAGCUGAUCCACGAGGGGAUGGACCAGCUGCACGAGUACAUCCUCAUGUGCAAGAGCCGUGAGGUUGACUUGGAGCUGUCGGUCCUCAAGGAAAAGAUGGACACCUGGGGGGAGGUGCUGAUGAAGCAUCUGGAUGACGAGGUCAAGGAGCUGGAGGCGGAGACGAUGAGGAAGUACUGGACGUUGGAGGAGAUGAGGGCGAUUCCUAUCUGA